AUGCUAAAUACACGUUGGCUUGGAAACGCUGGCAACUUCUUCAUGCUGUUUCUUGUUACUAGUGCUAUAAGCAGCCUUUCAUCCGAGGAAAUAAUCAACAAAUGCAAUAGUAAAAUUGGUUGGUAGGCACUGACUUUUCGUUUCCAAAUCUAAAGUUACAUACUUGAUCCACAAAUCAAGUUUUGUAGUGAAGUUAUUGGUUGAAUCAUCGUUAUGAUUGAUUUAGGUUACCUCGAGGACUACGCAUUUAAUUUUUUUUUAACUUUUCCGUCAAGUGACACAUGAAAUGAAUACCUUCUCAAGUCCGCCAAACCGCACAUUAAUAGUAGGUGCAGAUAUUAACUUGACUUGCAUAGCGCGGCCAAGGUAUGACGACCGGCUACAUCCUAGGAGAUGGACCAAGUAUAUUCAGUGGUUUGAUCCCCAGGGUAAACCAGUUGGAGCCAAAUGCCUGCAGGGUAUAUCAAAAGCGAAAAAGCUAAGCUGCAUAUCAAUGCUCAAGAGGUUGACUAUGGAACAGUUUGGAAACUACACUUGUGAGGCUCACAAUCAUUAUGAGGGAUAUUGCAGGCAAAAAGUUGUCGAAAUCGAGCUGCAAGGUAGGCAAAACAUAUAA